GCGUAUAACCAUCCAUUUAAGGCAGCAGCUGCCCCUACGUUAAUUCAUUACCUCACGCUCCGUGGGAGGCGGGAGCGGUCGCCAGCUGGACAGCCCGUCUGUCCUAUGGGGACGAGCGGCAGAGGAGGGCGAGUAGGCGGUGCCGGGCGCUCGCCAAUGCCGCUGCCGGGAGGGCAGGAGCCUGGCUGAGCCGCCGCGCCAGCUCGGGGUUGGCUGCUGAGCGCGUCAGAGUCGGGGCGAGAGUCAGGUUGGGCUGGCAGGAGCUGUCGCUCCCUCGGUGAGCCGGUGCACAAUGGCUGACAAUAAAGCAAAGCCGACCAAACCUGCAAAUAAGACUCCUCCAAGGUCUCCUUCAGAUCCAACUAAGGACCGGGCUGCAAAACGAUUAUCCUGUGAUUCAAAUAGCUCCCAUGAGGGAGCUGUGGCAGGAGAAAUAAGUGCUCUGGAAGAGGCCUUUAGAAAAUUUGCUAUCCAUGGUGAUACAAGAGCCACAGGAAAAGAAAUGCAUGGGAAGAACUGGUCUAAGCUGUGUAAGGACUGUCAGGUGAUAGAUGGGAAGAAUGUGACAAUCACAGAUGUUGACAUUGUCUUCAGUAAAAUCAAGGGAAAGUCUUCUAGAACUAUUAGUUUUGAACAAUUUAAAGAAGCUCUUCAGGAACUCUCCAAGAAGCGAUUUAAAGAAAAAAGUGAUGAAGAAGCAAUUCAAGAAAUAUAUAAACUAAUUGAAGGAAAAGCGCCAAUUAUAUCUGGAGUAACGAAAGCGAUUUCUUCUCCAACGGUGUCACGCCUUACAGAUACAUCAAAAUUCACGGGUUCUCACAAAGAGAGGUUUGAUCCCAGUGGGAAAGGAAAAGGCAGAGCUGGCCGAGAAGAUCUGGUUGAUACUUCAGGAUAUGUAUCUGGCUAUAAGCAUGCAGGCACAUAUGAUCAUAAAGUACAAGGAAGCAAGUAAGGCUGAAGGUUUAAAAUACAGGGGGAGAAAGGGAGAGAGAGAAUAUAUUUUUAAGAAUGACAUAGAUGAGUCCCACGUGUUUCAGUUAUUGUGAAUGCUAAGACUAUGUGUUCAAGAAGUUUUUUUCAGAAACUGGAACUGAUUUUAACAUCUGCUGAGCAACUUGCAGCGUAGCACCACUUCAUUACAUUCCUUAUGUGUAUAUUGGCAAAAGUAAAUGUACCAGUACAAAAAGGACAUCAUUUUGUUGGGCUCUUCAGACAAAAAGAAAAAAAAACAAUGUCAAGAGCUGUUAUGCCACACUUUGUCAAUCCGAGCAAAAAAAAAAAAAAAAAAAAAUUCAAACAUUCCUAAAUAUCCAGUUGCUCUGAGGUUGUAGAAGAGAACCCUCUGAAAAAAGGUUCUUUCAUAGCAGCAUUUCUGAAAAGUAUGCCAUUACUUAGGCAGUUUGAUUUCACUACUGUUUUGGGGCUUUUAAAAAAUGUCUUUUAUGGGAUCUGGCACUUUUCCUUAAAAAAGAUUCACCAGUGUAUUAUUGUGGAGUAAGUUGUUGUGUUAUAUAAGGCGCUAAUCUGUACAUUUCAUACACCGUUUAUGAAAAACUGAAAAGAAAGGGAAAAAAAUAUUUUUGUGACAAUACAGGUUCUAAUGUAUUUAUGUCAGCAGAAGGAGGUGGAAAAUACCAACCCUUACUGUCCUCGUGUCUAUACUUUCUGCAUUGUUAUUGUGUUUACUGUAGCGUGUUUCUGACUGGCUGGAUUUAGAUGGAGCUAAUGUACUAACAUGGUGGGUGAGGAGCAAGAUACUACUAAGAAAGUCUUCUAGAUCUUUUUGUUCUCAAAUUUGAACUAAUAAUGCUUUAAAAUCUUGAUUAUGACUAAACACUGCCAAUCAGAUUGCUAUCAAGUGAAUGUUGUGCACAUACGUUGGCAUAUAUUCCCUUUAAGCUCUAACACAUGUAAUGGAAGUUUAUGGCCUUUUGUAUUAAGGAAAUAUAUAGUAUUCAUAUCCACAUAAUUAAUUAUAAUUAAUUGUAAUUAAUUGCACAGAAAAAUAUACCGUUCUACCCAGGCUACGUGUUCUGUUAGCUUUGUCAGAAGCCAAAGGAUUUGUUUCUCUGUGCUGCCUUACUUGGGAGUAAUUUUAUUGAUGGGAAUAGCUUUCCAUUUCUAUAGAAAAAACAAUUCCACACACUUAAGGUACAGGCAGCUGAGUGUGACCUGCCUCUGGCUUAGAUUGCCAAAACGAGUUAACAGGAAUAAAAAUCACUCUCCUUCUUCUUCUUCUUUUUUUUUUGUCUUUGUAUAGGCAUGCAUACAUAUUACUGUUUAAACAAGAGAGAAAAGGCCAGUUCAAUUUUCUGUGAGAGCUGAACAACUACUCAGAAUAUUACUCUGUAAAAUUAUGAAAGAUAUAUUUUGGAGUAUUUAAAAACACCUCCUCGUAGUUUUGCUUUGCUUAUUUUCAAAAAGAUGCACUGAUUUUAUUGUUUUGACUGUGGAUAAAGGCUGAUAAGUUUACAGUUUUUCUCCUACUCUGAUCAGCAUGCCAUUCAGAGUUAUGAGCUGUGUACUCUGAUGUGUGUCAUCACAUUUCUUGCAGGUCACAAUCUGUAUUUGGCCCAUAUACCGGAAGAGCACUGGUUUUCAGUCCCUAACUGUUCAUGUUUUGUUUUUCUGACAUUUGGCCUUUCUUGUAAUUUGGCCUCCACUGGCCCUUUGAACACAUACAUCAGCCUGAACGCAAAACAGUAACGUGCAAAUACAAGGACUUCCUCAUGAACUUGAAGAUUUUUUGUUUGUUUAUAAUUUGUUUUGGUUUUUGUUUUGAGGAGGGAAGGAAGUUUGCCGAAGAUUCAGCACAUGCUAUUGUAAGGAUUUAAAUAUCUUUUUCCCAUGAUUGACUCUACUUAUCUGGGAAGAUUUUUGACUUAUCUAAGGAUGCUCAGGGUGAGAAGCUUUUUGAAGUCUUGACUAACUCGUUGCUCUUGAAGAAAAAUUUCAGUAGACUGAAGGAGCGUACACUCCUUUGUUGCACUGGUUACCUGUCACACUCUGAAAAAGAAAAUAGCACAUUGCUAUACAAGCAACGAUUAAAUUUUUCCAGCAUGGCAGACUGGCUAACUGCAGAGAACCCCCUUUGUGAUGUAGCAUUCAUGCCUGUGCACAUGAGGAACGCCCUGGGAUAGGCCUGUAGCUAAAAAGGUAAAAAGGCUAAGUCUGUUACUCUUGAUAAAUCCUCAGCUAAGUUACAGGCAUGAUCAAUACCCCUGUUCUUCCCAUCGACUUAGAGACUUAACUUAUUGGUAGCUGAAAAGUUCUGGACCCUGCUUGAAUCAAAGGUGAGGUCUGGUCUAUUGCAGAGCUCUUCCAACACGUUUUUGAUCUUGCUGUUUGUUGCUAGCUAGCUGUCAUGACAGAAAUAGUAGGUGAUACCUAACCUAAGGUGCACAAGUGAUAGGCUUUCUGAAGUACACAAAUACAGAUACCAAACUGUUACUGCAGAAGGAGGAAUGACAGGUUAGAAAGGUUUUACAGACUUACUAGGUUUUAAAUUGCUUGCCCAUGGCAUGAGCAAAAUAGGCACGCUCAUAAGAUAUAGAAGGCAAAUGAAUGAGUGAGGACAGAUACAAACUGGCACUAGAAAUGGAACAAAACUGCAUACUUGGAAGAGGCUGAUGGAACUAGCCAGGAGUCUGCUAGAGCUUAACUUUAUAUUACAGUAUGAAAUGCCUGCAAGAACAAAACACUUUGUAUGGACCUGAUGCAAAUUUGUGCAGUGUAUUCAGUGAUGUAAUAAGUUUUGGAUCAGGACCUGAGAAGGUGCUUCAGAUAGCAUGUGGUAUUUUAUUUUGAAGAACACACUUUUUCUUCUUCACUGCAGGUGGAUAGCUUUAAAACUCUAUCAAAUGCAUGAAAAAAAAAGUUCUGAUAUGACAGUGAAAAAAGGAAGUUGUGGCUGGAAAGGUAGUAAUCUGUAAGCAUUUUCCCCUCUACACUUGAUACGGAAGAUGCAGGCUAUGAAUGAAAGCAUAAAACCAUAGAGUCAUAGCUGCAUCAUAUACAUCUGUGCAUUAGAACUUCAGCCACCCAUUUAUGCUCUUACUUUCUCACUGAUUUUGGUGGGUAAUGGAAAGCCUAAAUAAUAGCUUGAACGUUAGCCAUGCUUGUUAAUGUUCCAGGCCUAUUUGGAAAUGAGGCCAAGUGUAUAUUUUAUUGUUUGUUCAUUGACUAUUCCCUGUACUCUUAGGACAGCAAGUACAGCUUGUAACUCAGAGAUUAUGGGAAAGGAGAGGUCAAGAGGUGCAGUAGAGCAUGCUCAUCAUCCUGUGCACCAUUAUUCUAGACUACCUAAAUGACCUGCCUGAAGUAAGGACAUGUGUACUCAGUAAGGUUUACACUCAUCUCCUUUUUUUGGGCAUCUGAAUUCAUUCCUUCAGACUUUCCAGUCUGAUUUUCAUCAGCCCAUCUGCAGUGCUUUUUUACAUGAUAUCAUCUAUAAAACCCUACUAUUCUUAAUAAUUUUGCUUUCAGUACUGCUGAACAUUCUUUUGAGAUAAACAUGAUCAAAAAGUUCAGGUAGCUUUUAGUGAUAACUGUAUUUAAGAACAAACUCAAAUUAUACUGUUUAUUUAAAAUUAAAGCCUUAGAUACUAUAACAGUACACAAUCUUACCUGUAUCUUAAUCAGACUACCUUUACCAGAUUGAGAACAACAAAUUCAAAUCCUGACUGAGGCAAAAGAGUAAUAUUGUAGGAAAUCUUAAGUAAAAUGUGCAGAAGAAUUUUUUUAUUAUUAUUAUUAGUUCUUGUUUUUGUUCUUGCUAAUUCCUCUACUCAUUCUUUGAGCUUUAGUUACUUGUUGAGAGUCUUCCAACAGUCAUACCUGUAUGGAAAAUCAGAAGCAAAAAUUACUGUCCUUUAUAUGGCUAUCAAAGCUAUCACAGUAUCACUGAAAAGCAGGCAUUGAAUUAUAUGUUGUUUCAACAGUCCAGUGUGAACGUUUCUGAUUAAUUUAACAAAGUACUUGGAAGACCAAAGGAAAUGCGGAACAUUGGCCACUUUCUUACUUUAGGAAAGUGAAAGGGUAAUUUCCAAACUACUGAUGUGUGACGCCUUGUUCUUCAUUAACAUAGAGGUUAUCCUUCAAAGAUAUUUUUGAUUCAAGUAUGAUAUUUUUUAUGUAUUUUACUGAUGUUACCUCAAUCAAAAUUUCCUCUGAUAACUUUUUGGAAUCGUGAAGUUCAUGUAUUAUUUAUUUCAGUCAUGUUUUCCCUCUGUUGGCUCAUAAUUGAUAUACCAUUUUUAUAGCAGGUGGAAUUUGUUGAUAAUUCAGAACUAGAGUAUAUGAUUAGUUAAGAGUUUGGCUUGUAAGUGAGAGGUAUCAAGAGAAUCCUUGUGUAUCCUCCUCCAAACCCAGAACUUUAAAGUUGUAGUUAAGAGUUUUUUUUCUUAAACCUUGUCAUAGUUACAAAAUAAACUUCAAUUAUUUGUGUCUGCAUGUAUGAUAAGUAUCAGCUGUUUGGAGUAUAAACUAGCUUUACAGAAAUUGCAUGUAUUCUGGGGGCAUGCGCCUGUCAUCUGUGAGUAAGAGUUCUCUGUUAGCACUGGCCAGGAAACAAACCAUUUACUUUCAUGAUAGAUAAAAUGUGAUGUGUUGCACCUAGUACGCAUCCUUUAAACUGACCGCUAGCCUUGCGUGUGCACUAAAAUAACUACAGCUUUGUGUACAUCGUUUGUAGUGUGGAUAUUAUGUUCUUUCUUUGUCUGUUAGUUGAUGGUAGGUAAUGUAAUACAUAAGACUUGUACAAGUUUGUGUGCACACACGCUUUUUGGAUUCAGAUAAUUAAACCGUGUAGGCGCUGUCCUAAAGCUUAAAUCUUAAAGGGCCAAGCUCUAAUCCUGCAGCUGGAGCUAUUCAGGGCCAGUUGGAAAUGCUACCAUUCUAUCUCCAUAGCAUGAAAGUAGAGAUCUAGGAGUGUUUUUAUGUUUUAACACGUACAACUACUCCCUUUCUAUUUCUGGAGGAAAGUGUUCUUCAGUAAAUCUGACAUAGGCUUGUCAUGACAAGAAGAGUUCUUCCCUUGUUAGGAAGUAGGAAAGAGAGAGUCAGGGAUAAAUCAGUAGUUCCUCUGAGUGCUCCGAGGAGAUCACUUAAAAUUAUGCCCUCUGUAUUUUUCUUUAACCCAGCUCUGUGAAGUAAGUUGACACUCACUAUGUAUGUGCAAAGUUUUUUGUCAUCAGUUGAAUAAGUACAAAAUCAUGGCGUAUUGGUGCAGGGGAUGGACUCUGUCUUACAAUGUUUGUGGACCUGAGCCUUGCAUAAGCCUUUAGAAAAUUAAAUACCUGAAACAUAAUGACAGAUUUCAAACUUGUGUGAAAUUCUUAGUUGGGAAUGGUACAUGAUACAUGGAUGUGUGCCUCCUAUAUUGGGAGUUCUGCCCAUAAAAUAGCAUUUGGACAUUGAGUUACCAAUUUUGAGUGCCCGAGAGCCCAUUUGGCUAACCAGAUAUAAGCUGGAAAUGAUAGACUGAGGUGUUCCUUUUAAGUCUUCAGAACCCUAAAACUAGUGAGAGACCAUUCAUUGCAUUCAUGCUUGCUCGUUUAACUCAAAAAUAAUGUUUUAAAAGAUUUCUCAGCUAUGAUGCUUCAGGAGGCUAAGGAAUAUUGCAGAUAGAUCCUCCAAAUCUUAACUGUCUAAUCAAUUUAUAUUUUUAGGAACAAAUAACUGCUAUGUACUUGGGUUUGUGUGUGUGUGUGUUUUUUAGUUUAUCACCUGAGCUGUAUUUCUUCAAAAUCCACAUAGAGAUGAUGGGAUUCAAAACAAGUUUAAGAUAUAACUGUUUAUAGUUCUUGGAAAAUGUUUCAAUUUAGUUGUUUCAUUCCAAAUAAUUGAUUGCCCACUGUAGGCAGAUUUUGGCAAGAGCAAACUUGAUAAUAAAUAAAUAAUAAUUAAAAAAAAAACCAACAAGCAUAUUUACUGAGUAUUUUUGACAGAUUUACAAAUAACAUACUGGUAGUCCAAAAUUAUUUAGAAGUAAUAAUAAUUUUUGCUUUGUAAUCAUACUCACACACGUGCGUGUGCAUUAUUUUGGGACAGAUGAGUGGCUAGAGUACAGAGGAGGCUUUUUGGUUUGUUGAUUUUGGAUUAUUAUUAUUAUUUUUUUUAAUAUAUCUACAAAUCGACACUGGAGAGCCCAGCUUGCUAACCUGACCUGGAAAGAUAGUAAGUACUUUCCACAUUCCACUGCGAGUAAAACAUCCAAUGAAUGAGUUUUUAAAUAUCUUUUUAAAUAUCUUCUUAAAGCAUCUCUUUUUAUGAGUUAGUGUAAAGCAUUUGGUGCUUGCACAAAGCAUUUGUAAAGGUCUCUGAGGUAAUUCACAUUAAUUCACAUUAAUUCACAAAGUCAACUUAAACUUGACUUCAAAUAUUUUUAUUCAAGAUUUUUUAUUACAUAUUUUUCAGAACAGGUCACAGACUUGAAUGAAGUUGCAUUCAAGUUAAUUUAAAAUAUAGCCCUAAAACUGUACUCACACUUCAUCCUCUUUACAUUUUACUCUGAGUGUUGUAGAUGACAAAUGCCAAAAAAAAAAAAAAGAAAGAAAGAAAGAAAGGAAGGAAGGAAGAAUGGCAAUCUGUGUGGUAAUAUUCACCCACAGUGAUGAAUUAUUUUAAGCUCCAGUUUACAUUGGAUGAUUUUCUGCAUGCUUGCAUUUGAUCAGAUGUUAUUUUUAAACAAAGAAAUUCAAUAAUGUGAAAUAAUGCAGCCUGUGCUGUGUUCAGUAGAGUAAUAUCAAUACAGGUGAAAUGCUGAAUAUCUAUAACAUUUAUCCUAAAUACAUAUUAGCUCUUUAUAAAGGCUUCGUGUAAGGGCAGUUGUCCCACAAACUGUAGGUAAGUCUGUUGGCAGACUACUUGUUAGCACUGUAGUGCAUGAAAUGACAAGGUCAUCAACAAAAACAAGUUACAGGAUGCAACACAGAUGUGUCUGUGUUUAUAUUUGUGCUGAGUUCAAAACAUGUAAGUUUUGGCAAAUUAUUACAUCAGGGAAGAUGCUUCUAAUACACAGGAAUUUGUUUUUCUGUUAAGCAGAGAAAUAGUUGAUGUUGGGUAAGUACGUAGGCCACUCUGAACGUAAUGCCUCCUGUCUGUUUCCGUGGACACUACAACAGGUACAAUUGCUCAGUAACACUAUUUGGUAGAGUAAAUUCUCAGCUAUGAGGCAUUUAUUUUUCAGCACAGUCACCACCAUUAGCUAUGCAUUUUUACCAGCUAUGCACAAGAGACUGCAUGCAGUGCUUGUAAAAUUCUGUGCCAGCCAGAAUUUCACCAUUGCUGAAACACAGCUCCCACUGCCUCACUGUCUCACAUCCAUUGUUUGGUUUCCAUGAUCGUUUA